AUGUAUCUGGGCCUGUUGACAAACUACUAUCUGAUUAUGCAAAGAGGUUUAAUGAAAUCAAGACACCUCGUAAACUACUAUGGAAGAAAAGUCUUGGUACUGUCAAGCUGGACUUCUAAGGAUCUUGCAGCUGCAAUUUGGGUUCCAGUAGACGUGCUUAAUCGCAGGGUAAAUUUCUGGAUAAGCAAGGUAUGCUUGAUAAACUCAUCAGAUUCUGAAGACCACGUGUUUACAAGAAUGGAAGGCAUGGUUGACACUGGUAAAAGGGGUGAUAACAAUGGGAGCAUUGUGGAUCUUGUAGCUGGUGAUGAGGAGGGAGAGAGCUCUGUAGCUUCCGUAGAGGAUCAACUGCGCAAGGGAAUGACUGUGUAUGAGUGCUGGAUAAUUUGUUUCUGCAAAGCUGUUUCUAAUUUAUCUCCAUACACAUUCCUGCAGAUGUUCUGCAUAGCGGAUCCACCUUACGACAAGACUCUCCUGCAGCUACAGAGUUUCUUACCGGGUCUAGUCUCCGACGAGUAG